AUGGCGUAUUGUGUCUCACUGAUUUUCGAAGUUCUGACCCUUAUGGUAAAGCUAUAUAUUUGUGGAACCCCAGCAUCAAGAAAAUUUAAGAGGUUGCCUGAUUCUUCCUUAGCCGGGGCUGCUAGUGGACUUGCUUAUCACUGCCAAACCCAUGACUACAAGGUUGUAAAGCUUUGGUUUUCUUCACAUGUAAAUAUAUUUGAAAAUAUAAUUCCUCCACUUGAGGCUGAGGUUUACUCAUUAAGCUCGGACUCAUGGAGAAGGGUUGAAACCUCUUUGAGACCCAAAGUUGGGGUCUACGAUAGCAACAUCAAUGCUAUAUCGGGUGCCACAUUUAAGAUUGCACUCCCUGAUGUUAGUGCAGAUAGACUGCAAGAGCAAAGUCUAGCAGUGUUCAAGGGGAAUUUGGCCUACUUUACAUUUAGUUACCCAAAUUUGAUACUGUCCAUUUGGGUGAUGGGGGAGUUUGGUAUGGAAGAAUCAUGGAAUGAACUUUUUGUUAUGCAGACCAAAUAUUCUAUAGAAUCCUUUGGUUGCACAAUGCGUAGUGAACUUCUAGUUGGAAGUCUUGUGAAGGGUGGCUAUGUGGUUGUUUCACUUGACCCCGAAACUUGCUGUGUGAAGAAUUCUGGUAUUCAACAUGUCCAACUAUGGUACUACUUUCGUGGAAAACCUUGUGUUACUUGA